AUGGCGCGAUCAGACGAAGCACAGGCCUUCUUUCACGCUGUUUACUCGGCUGCGCAGCAGAUUCCGUAUGGAAAAGUGACUACUUAUGCACACCUUGCUUACUUGGUCGGCACGCCACAGAGACCAAGACAGGUGGGCGUAUGCAUGAAGCAUUUGCCUCAUGAUGAAGACGCCGUGUUUAAUAGCACGAAUGUGCCGUGGCAGAGGGUGAUUAAUUCCAAGGGCGCAGUAUCUCCGAGAUCACAACCUUCAGGCGCCACAAACCAGGCCGCCGCGCUACGGAAAGAGGGAGUUGAAGUGACGCGGACCGCCAUGGGGGAGUUUACUAUUGAUUUGGAAGUAUACGGAUGGUUUCCUGAGGAACUGGAGGAAGAAGAGUAA